CGCCGCCCAUAAACUAGUUGGUCAUGUGACCUGACGUCACGACGUGCGCACGUCACAUCAGCUUGCUUUUGGGGGUAGUGCGGCUGCUAUAGAUGCAGCUUGUGAGAGGAGCUCCCCUCUGUCCGCCAAUGAAAAAAGUUACUGGGACACCGAAACCUUCCCGGAGACGGUAGCCCUGAGACGCAUUGUGAUUUAACUCGCGAUCAAGACCUCGCACUGCCGCUUGCAGGCACCGUCACAGCUUCAAAUCCGCUCCUGAUACCGCGACUAUGCCGGGGACACCCGCGGUAGCGGGAGAAACUGGCAGCUCAAAAGAAGAAUGUUCAGAGGAUGACAAGUGUAUUCUGAGUAGAUCUUUGGUGGAAGAGGAGGAUCCUCAUUUGAAAGUUUCUCUUGGUAACAACGAUAUGGGUGUGUCUGCUCACCUCCAGUCAUCAAAGACAGGGACCACUAGGUUUUUCACCAGCAAUACUCAUAGUUCAGUGGUGUUACAGGGCUUUGACCAGCUACGAAUUGAAGGCUUGCUAUGUGAUGUUACUCUAGUACCAGGUGACGGGGAUGAAAUUUUUCCAGUUCACCGAGCUAUGAUGGCAUCCUCAAGUGAUUACUUUAAAGCCAUGUUUACAGGUGGAAUGAAGGAACAAGACUUAAUGUGCAUUAAAUUGCAUGGUGUAAACAAAAUUGGAUUGAAGAAGAUUAUUGAUUUCAUUUAUACUGCAAAACUUUCCCUGAAUAUGGAUAACCUUCAGGAUACCUUAGAGGCAGCAAGUUUCCUACAGAUCCUUCCUGUGCUGGACUUCUGUAAGGUGUUUCUUAUAUCUGGGGUUACACUGGAAAACUGCGUUGAGGUUGGUCGAAUAGCAAACACGUACAAUCUUACGGAGGUUGAUAAAUAUGUAAAUAACUAUAUCUUAAAGAAUUUUCCAGCAUUAUUAACAACAGGGGAGUUUGUAAAACUCCCAUUUGAUCGUCUUGCCUUUGUGCUUUCCAGUAAUAGCCUUAAGCAGUGUACUGAACUGGAACUUUUCAAGGCUGCCUGUCGUUGGUUACGGUAUGAGGACGCUCGAAUGGAAUAUGCUGCAAAAAUAAUGAAGAACAUUCGUUUCCCACUAAUGACACCACAAGACCUUAUAAACCAUGUCCAGACUGUGGAUUUCAUGAGAACUGACAAUACUUGUGUAAAUUUACUUUUGGAAGCUAGCAAUUACCAAAUGAUGCCAUACAUGCAACCUGUUAUGCAGUCAGAAAGAACUGCCAUUCGCUCUGACAACACCCACUUGGUUACGCUGGGGGGAGUUUUAAGACAACAACUAGUUGUUAGCAAAGAGCUAAGGAUGUAUGAUGAGAAAGGACAUGAGUGGAAAUCCUUGGCACCCAUGGAUGCACCAAGAUACCAGCAUGGAAUAGCAGUAAUUGGGAAUUUCCUGUAUGUAGUUGGUGGUCAAAGCAAUUAUGACACAAAAGGGAAAACGGCUGUUGAUACAGUAUUCCGAUUUGACCCACGUUAUAAUAAAUGGAUGCAAGUGGCAUCUUUGAAUGAAAAGCGUACUUUUUUCCACCUAAGUGCCCUCAAAGGUCAUCUUUAUGCAGUUGGUGGUCGGAAUGCAGCAGGUGAACUUGCCACUGUGGAAUGUUACAAUCCGAGGACGAAUGAAUGGAGUUAUGUUGCAAAAAUGAAUGAGCCUCACUAUGGCCACGCUGGCACUGUAUUUGGGGGACUGAUGUAUAUUUCAGGAGGAAUUACUCAUGAUACCUUCCAGAAAGAAUUAAUGUGUUUUGAUCCAGACACUGAUAAAUGGACCCAGAAAGCACCAAUGACAACGGUUCGAGGGCUGCACUGCAUGUGCACGGUUGGAGAUAAACUUUAUGUCAUAGGUGGAAAUCACUUUAGAGGAACUAGUGAUUAUGAUGAUGUCCUCAGCUGCGAGUACUACUCUCCAUCUUUAGAUCAAUGGACUCCAAUAGCUGCCAUGUUAAGAGGACAAAGUGAUGUUGGGGUGGCUGUCUUCGAAAACAAAAUAUAUGUGGUUGGAGGCUAUUCUUGGAACAACAGGUGUAUGGUUGAAAUAGUCCAGAAAUAUGACCCUGAGAAAGACGAGUGGCAUAAAGUAUUCGAUCUGCCAGAAUCCCUUGGGGGUAUUAGAGCUUGUACUCUUACUGUUUUUCCACCAGAGGACAACAGUUGUUCACCUUCUCGAGAGUCUCCUCUUUCUGCACCUUGAAGAUAAAAGAUCAUCUUGGGUUUCUCCAUUUUUCUUCAAUAGCAUCAAACAUGCUCUGCCAGCCGGAAUUGGCAAGCUUGCUUCAAAAACAGACGAUCAAAUUAUUUGUACUAUUCAUUUGGCUUGGGUUAUUUAUCAGAAAUAUUACCUUGUAAUAUCUAUUUAAAAUUGCCAGAUGUUUAGUGAGGAAACAGCAAAAAAGUGAUCAAAUAUUUCAAAUAGGUACUUAUUUAAUACUGUUCAAAAGGUUUCUAAAACCCACUUGUGAAUCAAAGGAUCGGACUCAUCUUUCUAAAACUGCCGUCUAUUAGAAUUUAUUUCUCUUGUCCCCACCAUAAUUCAUUCCUUUGUGUCCUUAAGGAGGGCGUGGAAUAAAAAAAACCUACCACCAGGUAUCGGCUUAUCUUUCUCAUUCAGCACUUAUGAAGUGUAUCAUUUUUAAGUUAAUUAGAAAAAUAUUUAAUUUUUUUAUUAACAUUUGAUGGAAUUUAAAACAUGGAACUUGGAACUCACCUAUAUUAAUUGAUUGUAUAUAUUGAAUUUGGCCUCUAAAAUUAAAUUGUAAAUUGUUAAAUAUUUUUUUCAACCUAAAUUAGAAGCCAACCAAAUACAUACAGAAACUGAGCUUGCAGCUUCCUGUGGUCCCUUUCACUAAUUAAAUUAGAUAAGGGCUAGAAAAAUGAACGCAAAAGAAAAUGAUUUGUCAUGUGAACAGCAACUUUCCUUUUCAUCCUGGAAUAACUUGCAUCUCCUUCGAUCAAUGUACAUUCUCCUUUAAGCACAAACUGCAGCUACAGUGGGAGUAGCUACUUUUGCUCAGUGAACGGACUCCAAUGUUUUAUCUUCCUUUGUUCAAUAAAAUACUUUUAACUGCAAUUAUUUAGAGUUAAAUGCUUUAUUAAAGUAUCUUUAUA